AUGGCCGCUCCGCUGCUGGAGGAAGACCUGCGGGCGCUGCUGGACGUGGAGCGCCGCGGGCGUGAGGACCAGCUGAAAGCUAGAGUGGUGGUUACCCAGCAACAGGCCACAGAGGCAGAGAGCCAGCUUCAGGAGCUGCAGCAGCAAAGCAGCCAGAUUGAGAGUUCAGCCUCCACCCUGGCCUCGGUGGUCGCCAGCAGGUUCAGCAGCCUGGCACAGGCACUGGAAAAGCGGAAGGCCUUGACACUGAGGAGCAUAGAGCAAGCCAAGAAGCAGGUGCUGGGCCAGGCUCUGAAUGAGAUCCAGCGGCUAACUGGCCACCUGGAGGCCUUGUCUCAGUAUGACCACAGUGUCCAGGAGCUCCUGGGGCAAGUGGAUGACCACAUCUUCUUCCAGGGAUUACAGCAGCUCUCUGAGCCUGUAGAGUCCCUUGGGCCACCGACCGCUCUGCAGUGGGAUGAAGAGCAACAGUUGAACAACGUGAAUGAAUUGCUUAGCCCGCUAUGCGAGCUCCUCCUCGAAGACAAGCCCUCCAGAGUGGCAGGCAAAGCUGCCCAGGCUGGCCCUGUGGAGGCCUUGGGUCCCCCACCACCAGUCCCCAGCACCAUGUGUCCACUGAGGAAGAAGCUCUGGCAGAAUUAUCGUAAUCUGACCUUUGACCCGGACACUGCAAACCAGUACUUGUACUUGUCCCAUGAGGACCAGCAGGUGACACACCGUUUCCAGGCCCAGAGCCCAGUCAGGCCAGGCAGCUUUGAGCUGUGGCAGGUACAGUGUACCCAGAGUUUUCAGACUGGACAGCACUACUGGGAGGUGCGUGCCUCUGAACACUCUGUGACAUUGGGUGUCACCUACCCAAAACUAUCACGCCGGAAGGUGGGGAACCACACGGAUAACAUCGGCCGUGGACCUUACUCCUGGGGCCUCUGCAUCCAGGAGGACAGUAUCCAGGCCUGGCACAACGGCAAGGCUGAGCGCCUACAUGGGGCACCUGGACUUCUCCUGGGCAUAGAUUUGAACUUGACCUCUGGCUGCCUCAACUUCUACAGCCUAGAGCCACGGACAGAGAGGCUCCAUACCUUCUAUGCGGUGUUCAGCCAGCCUCUCUUCCCUGUCUUCUGGCUCCUUGAGGGGAGGACCCUCACUCUUUGCCACCAGCCUGAGGCCAAGCUCCCUCCAGGGCCCAGGGAAGAGGCCUCAGCACUCUGCUGACAGGGGCACAGACAAGUGUCACCAUGCCGGUGAGGCCAAGAGUGGCUCAGCCUCUGACUUGGAGACUGAAGGCCACUAUUGUUCAAGGAAUAGCUGUUGGCCUCUCUGUUGGCUCAGGACACAGAUGAGAGGGGAGCAUCUAAAUCAAAGUUUACUUUUCACUCUCUUUGAAGGAGAAGCCCCAGCCCCAAGCAAAAGCCAAGUUCUUGGCAUUGCCUAGACAUCUGUCUUAGUUACUGUUCUAUGGCUGUGAGGAGACACCAUGACCAAGGCAAGUUUUAUAAAAGAAAGCAUUACCUGGGGGCUUGUUUACAGUUUUAGAGAGUUAGUUCAUGAUCAUCAUGGCA